AUGAUCUCCAUCCUCCACUGGAUCCGCCGGAAUCGGCGGGCAUCAGUGGUGUUUGCUGUCACGAUACUGAUGCUCUUUCAGUUGGCUCUUUGGCGAAUGGACGGGGAGAUAUGGGAUACUAAACCCACCUUCAUGGGCACUCCAGAUUUGCCUGGCCCGAACCCGGUUCUGGCGACGUCAAAUUUCACCCCUCCCUUCCACACCGAGGGGCGCCAGAUCCGUGAUGCAACAGGGACCCCGAUCAAGUUAACCAGUAUCAACUGGUAUGGGGCCAGUGAUAUUGACUAUGUCCCCGGCGGGCUAGACGUCCGGCACCGAGACGACAUCGCCCGAUUAAUCUGGGAUCUCGGGUUCAACAGUGUGCGGCUACCGUACGCGGACGAGAUCGUGGUUCGGAACCCGGUCAUCGAGCCAGGGAUCAUCGCCGCCAACCAAGAUCUGCUUGGACAACUGAGCCGCCAAGGAGAGCCGCUACGAGCGCUGGAUGUCUUCUGGGCCAUUGUGGAGAGUCUCACGGCAGCGGGGCUGCUGGUCAUUGUCAAUAAUCAUAUCACGCAGGCGACAUGGUGCUGUGGGGCAAACCCGUGUGACCUAAGCUGGCAGAACGACUGGUUUGGAGCGGAUUUGAUCUGUUCAGUACGUCAGAGCGAGGAGGACUGGAUCCAGCACUGGGAGACGGUGAUGGCACCGCUGGCGGGCAAUCCGCGAGUGAUGGGGGCGGACUUGCGCAACGAGGUCCGCGGGCUCUGGGGCACGAUGCAUUGGGAAAGAUGGGCGCUGGCAGCGGAAAAUGCUGGAGAACGACUGUUAGCGCUGAACCCGAACUGGUUGAUGUUUGUAGAAGGCAUAUCCUCUGCAAAUGACCUCUCCGGCGUCCAGCGACGACCCGUCCAACUCAGCGUGCCGAGCCGAGUGGUCUACUCGGCCCAUGUAUACCAAUGGUCUGGCUGGGGUAAUCUGCGGCCCUUUUCAGGCCGUUCCUAUGCUGAUUUCGCGGUGACGAUGUGGAAGAACUGGGGAUAUCUGCUAGCGGAGGAGAUUGCGCCGGUGUGGGUGGGUGAGAUAGGCACGCCCGACCACGACGAUGAACCGAGUGACGGGGACCGCAACUACUGGCGACAUCUGGUGCAGUUCCUGGCGGAGACAGAUGUAAGCUGGGGUUACUGGGCGCUGAAUGCGCGCAAGGCAACGGGGGAAUGGGAGAGCUAUGGACUGGUGGGGGAGUCAUGGGAUUGGAAGUCAGUGCGGUGGGAUGAUCGGCUGGUAGACUUGCAUCGCCUCGGUCGAGAGGAGCGGCUUGCAUGA